AUGUCCCCUUGGCGUCAUCGAGUCGCGGCAAGUCGGUCACCGGUCAGCGCUGCGCACCAGCAGGAGGACCUGAGGGAGAAAGUAAACGCUAUGGGCGGGAGCUUCGACGUGAACCUGACCAUGAGCACCACCCACCUCCUGGCGGCAUCCUUGGACACAGAGAAGUACAGGGUAGCUACAGGGAUGAAGGGUGUUGUCGUCGUCCGACCGGACUGGGUGAUCGAGAGCUGCAGGGAGGGACGAAAGCUGCCUUGCGAGUGCCACUCACUCCCGCCUUUCGAAGGGCUUCGUAUCACAAUCACAGGCCUAUCAAUGGACCGCAAGGCGGAGCUACGAGCGAUGAUCGAGAGCGGGGGCGGUGAAUACAUGGGGGCGAUGGAAGCGCGCAACACCACGCACCUGGUGGCAGAGGAAGCUACCGGCAUGAAGUACGAAGCAGCCAUCAGCCCCGAGUGGAACGGGAGUAUCAAGGUCGUGCACAGUCGAUGGCUCCAGCAGAGCCACGCCCGGAAUCGUGGCAACGAUGCUGCCGGCGGCGGCGGUAGACCAGAGGGAGUUCCCACCAAGGAAGAGGCGUUGGCGCUGCCGGACGGCGACUACCUCUCCGGCUGCCGCGUUAUGAUCGUCGGGUUUCCCGCGGAGGCGGUGCUGCCGCUCUCGCUCCUGGUUCGGAAGGGCUGCGGGAUCAGGUACAUCUCCCCGAACGAGGAACUGACCCACGUCGUCUUGGGAGACCGGGCGCUGGCCAAGCCCGAGCUGAUCUCGGCGCUCGAGUCCCAUCCGUGCACCCCCCCGGUGGUGCACGCGCUCUGGCUGCUGGAGACGUGCCGCGCGGGGCGGAUGCUCCCGACCGAUGGGUACUUGAACCGGCCAACGGCUGCUCGGGAGAGGAACCGCGCAGCUGCUGGCAGUGGCGGCGGCGGCGGCAGCGGUGGCGGCGGCGGUGACGGUGGAGGAAGGGGCGGGGGCGGAGGGAGCGGCGGCCGCGGGUCCAGUGGGCGGAGGUUUGGAGUAGGCGCCAACAGGUCGAUCGGUGGCGGUGGCGACGGUGGCGGGGGCGGUGGCGACAGCGGCGGCCACGCGGGUGACCCUCCCAAGAAGGGCAACAAAGCUGGCGGCCGGGGGGCGGGAGGGGGGAAGGAGACGGCGAGGAUGGGUCACGGCAGCUCCGACGUAUUUGGCAGCGGUGGGGACGAAAGUUGUGGCGAUGGUUUGCGAGACUUAACGAAGGGGGCGAAAGGCGCCGCGGGAUCGCUUCACGAUCGGAGCGUUGUGAGUGGCACCGGUGUCAGCGCUGGCGCCAAAGUCGGAGGUCAAGCUGGGAUCAGAAAUGCGCCGUUCCCAGCGGGGGAGGCAACGCCAACCGCAUGGGACUCAUCCGCAGCGCGAGCGGCGGCUGCGUCAGUCCAAGAGCUCGUAUCAGCAUCGGAAGCGAUACCGACGUCCGCGGCGAAAGCAGCACCAGCCCCUUCAGCGAGAGAUGAUAUAUUGACCAUCGUAACCGACACGCCUUGUCCAGGCAUUCCCAAGAGGAAGAAAUCCGAGGAGAAGGAGGAGGAGGGGGAGGAGCUGGACGAAGACGGCGCAAGGCCGGCCCCGCGAGGACCUCGAACGCCAAAGCGACGGAGAACGACGACACUAGGAGGCCCCGUUGACAGCGGCAAGUGUUCGGCCGGCGGGGGAAGUACUAGCGGGAACAGCGGGAGAAUCAGCACCAGCAGCGAUGGCGGCGGCGGAGGGGAGGGUGCAGUCCGGGGGAGUAUCAGCGGGAACCGAGGGGGCGACGGGGGCGGUGAUGGUCGUAGGAAGCGCCGGCAACCUUCGUCGUCGAUGUUCCGCGGGCGAGUUUUCGUCGUUCACGGAACCGGGCUAGGGAAGGAAGAGGAAGCGAGGAUGGCGGGUCUCGUUGCAAGGCACGGGGGGCGUUGCCUGGACCCCAGCGCCUCUACUCCGUCCCUCCUCCGACGGUCUCUCCUCUCCGCCGGCGUCGAGCUUACGUCCGCCGCCGCUCCGGCCGCCGCCCCCUUCGCCCCUCCCUGCGAGGAGGAGCAUGUCGAGGCUAGCGGCGACGGCGGUGGUAACGUCGACGACCACGUUGCUGUUUCGUCCUCGUCCUCGGCGUGGUCGUCGACGGCGACGAUCGGCGGUGGUUCUGGUUCUUUCGCGGGUUCCGGUUGGGCGGAGGGGCAGCGGUGCGCCGCUGCCGCCGGCGUCUUGAUCGUCGGCGCGCACGGCCGUUGUCCGUGGGGAGCCCUCGCGGCCUGCAGCGGUGGCGUCGGCAACGGCGGCGGUGGCAGCGGCGGCGAUGGUGAAACCGUCGCGAUGCCGGGGGGGCUGCGAGCUCUCCUGGAGACGGAGGCGAGUGCGGAGGCGGUGUCGACGCUCUGGGUGGAGGCUUGCCACCGCGGCAGCGAGCUCCGGCGGCCUGGCUUGUGCGAGCGGGCGUUCCGCCCGCAGCCCUGGCCGAUCAGAACGUUCUCAGAUGUUUCUUGCGGUUCGUCCUUCUCUUCUUCGCCUGGGACGACGACGGCGGCGGCGGGCGGUGGGCGAAAGAACGUCACAGCCCGCGAUCGGCCUCCAGCCAUAGCGGUGACAGGCUUUGUCGGGGCCGAGAGGGCAGGGUGGGAGCUGCUCAUCCAGCGCAUGGGGGCGACGAUGUGCAAGAACCUCAAGAAAAGGGUCACGACCCACCUGGUCUGCAAGGAGGCGAAGGGGGAGAAGUUCGAGAGAGCCAUCCAGUGGGGGGUGCCUGUCGUUACGGCGGGGUGGCUCUUGCGGUGCGCGGAGCACGGAUACGAGCCUGGGCUGGAGGGAAGUUUCGCCCCUCCCCAAUCCGUCAGCACCAGCAACCGCAGCGGCACGAAGGUGACGAAGUUCGCGGUGAAGGCGGUCACCGCCCCAACAACCCAUCCGGAGACCCUCGCGCCCUCGCCCGUGACUUGCUUGCUGCUGGCGGUCAUGCAGAAGUCCCCCCGCUGUCCCCAAGGAAAGCUCCGAACGAUGAGACGGCGGACCCCGAAAAGGCGGAGGGGAUGGAAGCCAUUCGGACCGUGGGAGUGGCGAGCGCCGUGGAUGGCGUCACGAACUGCCGCGGGCGGCGGCGGCGGCGGCGGCGGCGGCGGCGGCGGAUCGGGGAGCCAAGAGAGCGGGGAGCAUCACGGCAAGGGUUGGCCAAACGAGAGGGCCGUGCAUGGUGCGAGGGACGGCAACAAAGACGAAACCACCAACAGCAUACGACACGACAGCGAUGUCGGCCAUAACGACAACAGCGCUAAGGCCGCAGCCACUUCGGCUACUACCGAGAAUACCGCCCCCAGUAGCGGCCUUGAACAGCAGCUCCUGUCGAUGCUUUCGGGGGCCCGGCGUAGCAGCGGAGGCGGCGGCGGAAGCCUCAGUGCCAACGACGCCCCUCCGGGAGGAGCGGGCCGUCUUCAAGGACCCCGGGCGCGGAGGCUGCGGCUGAACGCGUGGAGUGCCCGCCCGACGUCGACUCGCGCAAGCCCCUCGGCCGAAUCGUCCGCUCCUACAUGUACGGCCGGCGGUACCGGAGUUUCGACUCGAGGUGCCCUGGGUGAAGCUGCGAGAGGGUCGGGUGUCGCGCCGUCCUGCUUUCCGCCUCCCGCUCCCCACCACCUAGCCUCUUCUCGACUUCCACCAGUCGGUGACGGAGGCACCCCCUUUCGUGGCCCGUUUUCGGCGGAGACUGGACAUGCAGCGGUUGGCCGCUUGAGUGCUGAGGGGUCCUCGUCAAGCCCUAGCGGCGCUUCUCCUUCUGGUUCGUCAGGACGAGAGUCCCGAGCAGGGCCGGGAGCAGCAGCAGCAGCAGCACCAAUGAUCUUUGUAGCCGACAACGUCGACGAAAAUGACCGUGGAACAGCCGCAUCCUUCUCGCCGUUGAGUGGAACUGGCCGUCGUCCGGGGGGUUUGAGACCCGGUCGCCGUUGUCAGCAAAACGAGGGCUUCGACGGAGGAGUGGGUGUACCCCCCCGAGAUGCUCGGCCUCUUCUUCAUUCUCACGAGCCGGGGCCGCCGUCUGACGGGAAGACGGAUGGCGGCGGCGGCGGCAGCGACGGCGGUGUCUGCGGAGGCGUUGUGGUCGGGCUUGAGAACGAACCAGGCGAAUGCUGCAGAGGCGGCGGCGGCGGCCUCGACGGAAGACACCGGGACGGCAGUCUUCCGAGCGGGUCAUCGUCUGAUGGUACCGGUAAAUUCGGAAGCGGUUCACUCACGGCAGCUGAGCAGGAAAACGACAAGUCGCAGAGGAGACGCGGCGGCGAGCAGUACCCGACCGCGGCGGAAGCGCCCCGCGGCCAAGAUAACCAGCAGCACCGGCAAGAAGAGCAUGCGGACGGCGGGGCGGCGACGGCUUGGUACGGCCGUGACACAAGCAGCAUCGACAGCGGCGGGAGUAGGCGGCGGAGUAGUAGCGAGCGGGGGCUUGACCCGAAGCGCCCCCCCGUCCGUCGGCAUCAGCAACGGCGUGAACAGCGACGGCCGCAGCGGCAACAGCACGACCGACAGCAGCACAACCAGGAGAAUCGUUGUUGGCACCGCCACGAGCUAGAGUAUCAGCAGCAGGACUCGCUCGAAGUGGAGGAAGAGUCCCAGAUCGUGACGUAUGGGGAGCAGUACAACCCCGCUACGGGGUGGAUCCGAUAG